AUGUGGAUUUGGUAUGGUUUAUUUCCGGUGUGGAUGGACCUGGUUUAUUCCCGGGUGUGGAUUGGUCUGUGGUUUAUUCCCGGGUGUGGAUUGGUGGAUUGCUAUAAGAGAAAUAUCGGAACUCAUUUCCGCCUAAAUUCACCCGAGACAAUGGUGUGGGUGGAUUUGGGUUCCCUUAUACCCUGUGACCCCGAAACAGGGCUAGAGGGGCAGCGAGCCCUGUUUCAAAAAAUGCCCUGUGUCCACAAUGAGCCGUCGCGAAAUAUGCCAGGGACACGCCUCGCAAGGGACGCCCCCAGGGGAAGGCGCUCCAGUAAGGGCGGGGCCAAGAGACGCACCCCGGGACUUUGGUUGUCAAAAGACCAGAAAAUCCUGGCAGAAAAUUGCCUUUCUGUGCAUUUCGGGCGGCGGCUCUUUUCAUAUUUCAUUGGUGGAGGAAAUGUUGCAGGAAAUGCCUUUGCAGAGCAGUGUGACGUACAAGACUGUGAUGUGGAGUUGCAUCGGUCUGCCGAUAAUCUAGUCCACCAGAUCUCGCCUUACAGCCAGACCGACUGGCAUGGUUUUCAUUCAGAGUUUUCCUUCACCGAGCCUCUACCUCAGGGGGCAUACCCUACAAGGCAGCAAGGGGGUCUGAUUAUACCCCGACCAGUUAAACAGCUAUGUAACACUGAAGCUGCAGAAUGUCAAGUCGACUACAGUGUGCGUCAAGGGCCCCAACCAUGCUGGGAACAGGACUUCCUCUUAACUGGAGGAGACGGAGGCGCAGGAGCUGCAGAGGAAGCUGGAGGUGCUCAACCACCUCAUGGAUCAGGAAACCCGGGGGGCGCUGGGACCCUCCAGGACUCCCCAGCAGACUCUCAUGUCGAGAAUGUCAGAGGACAGCGACUACACGAGCGAUAUCAACUACCCGGUGGGGCAGCAUCCGAACUCCUCGGCGUCGCAGUUCCUGUCGGUGGCCAACCAGAUGUCGACGCCCCAGAGAUCGCUGGAGACGAGCCGCGAGAACUCGUACGAGCGCGAGGACAGCGUGCAGUACGGCGUGGACGGCCCCCUGGACUCGUACGGGCCGGCGAGCGACCGCGGUUACUACGACGACACGUACGAGAACAACAAGCGUAACGAGGGGCGCUCCCACACCGGCGGCUUCGAGGACGACCUGUACUACAACAGCCGACCGAACAACAGGAAAGACUAUAGCCCGGUGAGCAGCUACUUCAACACCCACGAGUACAUCAGCCAGUACGCGAACCAGGAGGACUUCGACAAGGCGCCCGUCACCACUACCACCACCACCACCACCACCACGUCCUCCAGCAACGCCAGAGGGAAGCUCACCAGAGGGACGACGCGGCGACCAAGCUUGGAGAGACAGAUCACCCUGUACGACGAGCAAGGCGGGGGAACGAGUGGGGACGUGACCAGUCGAGAAAACAGUAGUGCAGUGCCUGGUGAUGAGCAGGAAGUGUGGUAUGAUAAAGACAGGACAGAGGGAUACUAUGGGGAGUAUGGCAAAGAGUACCCCAAGGACGAGGGCUACCAGAAUGACAAAACGGACGACGGCUACGCUGGGGAGCAGUACGAUGAAUAUGGGUAUGAUCAGUACGGGCAAUACUAUGACUAUUACGGGUAUGAUAAGAACGCUGAGAACUAUGACUAUUCUCAGUAUGGGUAUUACGGCUAUGAGGGGUGGGAGAACUACUACCAGAACUAUGAUGGUUAUUACGGUUAUUAUGACGAGGCAGGGGUCUUUCAUAAUUGCAAUGAAAAUUACAAUUAUGCUUAUAGAAGCAAUGAACAUUUGGACACUUCCGAGGAGGUGCAAGGUGAUAGUUACAAAGGUGGGUCGCUGGAUGCCUACAAGAUGAUCACUGCUUACACCACCACAGCCACCACCACAGCUAUCACCACCACCACAGCCAUCAGCCCUGCGAUGACCUUCACCACAUCAACCACCACGAAGCCUUUGGGUAACCACGUGGCGCCCGCACAAAAGCCUCAGCCCAAAGUGGACGGAGGCCUCUUAAACAAACUGCUGCCACAACUUCCUAUUUCCCUUUCAUCCACAACCACUACUGCCGCUGCCACCACGACCACCACAACCACCACCAUUACCACGACGCAGUCUAGCCGCCCCCUCCAGCAGCCAACCAUUCCACAGGCUAGGCCGGUCACAGCACAACAGGCAGCUCAGCAACAUACAACAAUGCAACAAAAACAGCAACAACAACAGCAAAAGCCUGCAGCCGGUGGCUUCGGCUUGUUCGGUGGCAUGAACAAGAAAGGUGGCCUUUUCAAUGCCAUGUCCGGCAUAACGUCCAAAAUGAGCGACACACUCAACACGGCAGUUAAAGAAGUUUCAGCAGUUGCACAACACGCGAAUGUUGCAGCCCAACAGACUACCAAAGCGGCAACAGCUAAAGCGGCGGCUGCAGCCAAGUCAGCUGGAGUCGUGCCCCCCGCCGCGGCCCAGAAGGCGCCGACACCCCCAACCGCGCAGCCCAAGCCCAGCGCACCGAUGACGCCCCGCACCCUCACCAAGCAGGAGAGCGUGCGCAGCGACAAGAUGCCCGGGGACGAGGCCGAGAGGCGGUCUCUGGCCACGCUUCCCGAGGUCUCGGACCCAGCGUACCAGAGCGACUCCCAGGACCAGCAACAACUUUGGCACCAGGACAGCUUCGAAACCGCGCACACAGACCGAACACAGCCGCGCCAGGACAGUUACGAGACGGCGCCGGAGGACUCCAUCUACGACGAGGAAAUCGAGCCCCAUCCUCACGACGCGGAGUAUGACGACUACUAUCCUCGCCAUCGUGGGGACUAUCAGGACUCAUACUACGGUGACUACUACAAUGAUGAUCCUCACUAUCGGUACGGUGAUGACUUCGAGGACUCCUUCGAUAAUGAUGAUGUCUCGAGUAUUGUGGACACAGACAGGAACCUGCGUCGCUAUCCUUCCCAGGGAUCACAGGAGAGGUUCAUCGACGGGGACGGCCAGUAUUCCACCGAGUACGACAGCGGGACGGACUCGAGAGAGGUAGUCAACGCCAGGAUAGAGCCGUACCCAGGAGACCUGAGCAAGGUGCUGAGCGACACCCCCCACGCCGGCCCGACGCUGCCUGAACAAGCGCCUGGGGCUCCCAAGGUACAGACGUACUUAUGCACCCCGUGA